GGGUCUAGGCGCAGUUUGCUCCCAGUUCCCUCCCAGUGCUCCCAGUAAGAGCGGUACUGGCAGGGAGAGCGCUCCCAGUUGCUUCUAGGUGCUGUCAGGAUCGUUACCAGUGCUCCCAGUAUCACUUCCCAGUGCCGCGCGGGGCGCAACCGCUUUGCAAUCCCCCAGGGCGGAGCGCGGCUGCUUUUGCGCGUCGGCACCGGGCCGGGCCGGGCUGGGGGAGGAGGAGCGGAAGGAAGAAGAGUAGUGGAAGGAAGAGCAGCAGCAGAACCGAGCGGCUCACUCGCUCGCCCGCUCUAGGCCGCAGCUUCCCCGACUUCCCCGGCAUCACCCCUCCCCCCGGAAGCCGCAGCUGAACUUGGCCCGCAGGAACAUAAACCCAACGCGCUCAACCCUUCUUUUCCCCCAAAAAUGGAUUUCCCAUUCCUAAACCUUGGCCCGAUGGAGGAGGAGGCCGUGAGGAAGAAGAACAUGCCCCCGGAGCCCCAGGCAGACAAGGAGCUGAGGAUGGAGACCAGGGAGGACAAAUCCCCGCAGCAGAACCUUGUGGAAGAGGCUGUUUGGAGCAGCUCCAUUGCACAGGAAACCAGCGAGGAGGAAAAGCCCGGGAGAUCCCACAUGAGGAUGGGCUGCAAACACAGUUCUUGGGUAUCCGAGGAGGAGAACCAGGGCCAAAGAACCGGACAGAGCUGCAGCCAGAGCUCAGAGCUGGGGUUCCAUGAGCAUCUUCAUGAUGCGGAUAAGCCCCACAAGUGUUCAAAUUGUGGGAAGAGCUUCAGCAAGAGAUCCUCCCUGAUCUGGCACUGGAGAAUCCACAUGGGGGAACGGCCCUAUGAGUGUGGGGAGUGUGGAAAGAGCUUCAGUACGAGAUUCAAACUGAUCCGCCACCAGAUGAUCCACACUGGGGAGAGGCCCUAUGAAUGUGACAUACGCAGGAAGAGGUUUCAGACCAGCUCCAAUCUCGUCAUGCAUCAGCGGAUUCACACAGAAGAGAGGCCCUUCCGCUGCCCUGACUGUGGGAAGGGCUUCAAAUACAACUCCCGCCUUGUCUCCCACAGGCGCAUCCACACUGGGGAGAUGCCCUAUGAGUGUGGGCAGUGUGGGAAGUGCUUCAGGACAAGCUCUGAACUGAUUGUCCACCAAAGGAUCCACACAGGGGAACAGCCCUAUGAGUGUGAUAAAUGCAGCAAGAGGUUUCUGACCAGCUCCAGUCUCCUCCUGCACCAGCGCAUUCACAUAGAGGAGAGGCCCUUCUGCUGCCCCGACUACGGGAAGGGCUUCAGGCACAACUCCAACCUCGUCACCCACCGGCGCAUCCACACUGGGGAGAGGCCCUAUGAGUGUUCUGAGUGUGGGAAGAGCUUUUCACAGAGCUCUCACCUGACCAAACACCAAUGGAGGCACCACUAAGGGAAGCCCUGCAAAUCAAGUGCAGGAAGAGCUUCAUGUGCUGCUCCAGCUCCAUUCUCCAUGGCAGGAUCUGUGCUGGAUGAUGCCGAGUGACCCCUGGUGGGCAGAGCCCCGGUGAUCCAUGUUAGGAAGACACCUGGCUGGGCGGCUCUUCAUCCUCCUGGCUUCCCUUGAGCACCUGGACAUAUCCACAGAUCAACAUCAGAAAUCCAUUGUGAAGAGCACGUUUGUCGACUUCUGACCCGAGAAAAAUCUCACUCUUUGCAUCUUCUGGUGGCAUCAAGCAACACUGAAUGGCCUUGGAGGUCUUCUCCAAUAGAAAUCCAUCAUUUUAAUCCUUUCUGGCUCAUGGGCAUCUUCCACAGCCAAAUGGGAACAUAUUGGGGCAAACCCCACAAUUUUGGAGAUGGUGGGGUGGAAACCCCUUCAAAAAGGGUUCUUCCCACCCAGCCAAGCAUGUGGAUGCUUUGCCAGCAGGGACACAUAAAUUCUUUUGUUUUGGCCUUGAAACAAAAAGGUUUCUGUUCAUUCCUUUGAAAGCCCUGUAACUGGGGUGUCCUGGUUUGAAGGACAGGUGUUUGCCAAGGAAAGCAGAAGCUUCCCCUUGGACUGAAAGAAAAUAUGAUUCUUCCGAUUAUUAUAAUUUCGGAAUUAAGAGAGCUCUCAGGCAAAGAUAUGGGGGUAGGAAUAACAGUUCUUUACUAGUAUAUUUAACAAGACAAACAAGAACAACAACAGCUAUGAAAUUACCCACAAACAGAACAGUAACU